AUGGCGGACCAUAUCGAAGCUGCAAAGCAGGCCUGGCACCAAGCCCAGAAACUUCGCAAGCACCUACAAAAGGAGGUCGAGAAGCUCAAGAAUGACUCCGAUGGCAACGAUCUCAAGCAUUUCGAGGCCUUAGAGAGUGUCAUUUCCUCUCUACGCCUCGCCUGCCUCCACGUCAUAUUCCACGAUUUCGAGUAUUCCGCAACCGAAAAGGUCGACUCGAACCUCUGGCAAGCACAUAGCAUCGUCAACAGCGAAUAUCGAAAGGUUUUGGGCCGUCUGAGAUCGUCACAGCUCGCCGUCCAGAAGCGCAAGCUCGAUAGGAUGUACAGUGGCUUCUUGAAGACGGCGCAAAAGUUCUACGUCGCAUUCGUCCAGCGUCUGUCUGCCGUCUACCCGAUUCCCGAGCUUCAGCGCAUUGCUGAGGGCAUCAAGGCCGAGAAACUGCCGGAGGAGAACCCAAUGGCCAAUACCACGCCGGCCGUCCGCCAAAUCAUCCUCAAGUACGUUCACUCGGCGCUGAUUCACUUGGGCGACCUCUCUCGGUAUCGGAUGCAGGCACGCCACAAGGUCCCCAGCUAUGAGGCCGCCUUGACCUACUAUUCCCUCGCCCACGACAUUAUCCCAACUUCGGGCUUCGCUCACCACCAAAUGGGCAUCAUCUUCCUGGAUGAGAAGAAGCAUUUGGAUAUCAUAUACCACUUCUACCGCGCCCUGGCUAUCGAAGAGCCCCACCCAAUGGCAUCCCAGAACCUUGAGGCUGAGUUGAAGAGCCUCCAGGGGCCUGUCACACCGGCACGUCGCACCGGUCCUCCCGAUACCCAGGAGGCUUUUGUAGCCUGGUUCGUACGUCUGCAUUCUCACUUCAACAAGGGCGAGGUCUUUUCAUCCUACCAGGAGCUCGAAAAGGAAGUGAUCAAUCAUCUGGAGAUUGCCAUCAAGGCCCCCAACACUUGGCCUAUGCUCUUGAAGAUGGUCUUGCUCAAUAUGUCUGCCUUUUACGCUUCUAACAAGAAACUCAGCAGCAAAUGGACUGAGGCUGCUUUGCGGUCAUCCCACUUCAUUCUGCGUCUGAAUGCCCGCUUCUUCAUGACUUUCUGUCGGCUUCUCAAGAAGGAACUAGAGAAGCUUAUUGAAGAGCAGGCAUCUGGUGAACAGGAUGGCACUGCGGACAAAGUUACGGCUUUAACAGAAAAUACUCUUCCGUUUGUUCGCCUGUACGCUGCCUGGCUGGUGGCCUGUCGCACCGAGAUCAUGGGUGCCCAAGACACUCCUGAGCUCUUCGUAAAGGACAUGUACAGAGGCUUUGCGAAAGCACUGACUGGCCUUUGCGAGAUGUACGGCAACGAAGACCUCAAACUUGCUCCGUACCUGCUCGCCGAGGAUCAGGAAGCCAUAGGAAUGCUUCCUCUCUGCGAUCCACAGCUGCCACAGAGCUGUCGCCUCAACUACGACGAGGAUACCGGAAGCCUGAAGCCGCAGGUCCAGUACUAUAACGGUCUGAAGCUCGACGCUCUUCAAGAGACCUUUUCCAGGGUCUUGGACACGAUCAAGUGCGGGUUCUUCCUUGCCAACGAUGAUACGAAUUUUCCCUUCACUUACAGCUCGUCGCCGACUGGGCUCACCUUUAAGUAUGAGGAGGACUAUAAGCCAAAGCCUUCGAGCGUCGCCGCCGCUCCUCGGCCAGCCGUCGAUAAGAUUGCAACUGCCGAGGUUUCUAUUGCGCAUCGCGAGCGGUCUCAGCAUUCCGGUCGCGUUAGAGAUACACCUUCAAGUGCGGCAUCGUCCGGAGCACCGCCCGGAGCACCCCACAAUGCAGCACUGCCGCAGGUGCAGCCGCAUCCGACUCCAGGUCGCAAUCGAGUCCAUGGCCAAUCCGAAUACGACCUGAGCUCCGACGCUGGGAUGCUCCACAUGGUCAACGACUUUCUGAUGCCUCCUCAAGCCCACGUGUCUCCCACAGAGAGCCACGAGGACACUUCGUACGGAAUGAACUCAGCCAUGGCCAACGAGAUAUUUGUUGCGCCUCCGACCAACAGCCCACCUGCACUCGGUUCCGCCACAGCCAAAACGUUCCCAAGCCUUCCGUGGAACAUGAUCUACACCCCGACGCCUCAGGGCAAGAACUCGGAGCUGACGCCGCCUGACCGCGCCAUUAGAGAUGCAGCUGCUAGGCGGUCCUUCGAUGGCACUGCCCACCUACAGAGAAACGUCUCGGUCUCCGGCCAUGUCAUGCUCGAUGACUCCUUUGCGGAUGCUCGCGAGAACCAUUACCUGUCUCGACAGCAGCAGCGGCCCUUCGCCAGUACUCCUGACAUCACGUCCCAUCAAGACCGCCUGCUGCAGGCAUUUGGCAAGCAGCGGGCCGACUCGAGAUCCAUGAGCCGCGACUCCUCAGGAGCAGGUUACGGUUUGUGGGGAAGCCCACACGCGGAACUGAACCCUAAUGCAUUGCAGCCCAGAGUGUCAUCUGCUCAUGCCCGCUCGCUGAGCAGUUCUCAACCUCAGUUCUCCCAAAGCCCCAACAUGGCUCAUAUUGCAGCGGAGAGCUUUUCGCCGCUUUCAGGAACUCAGUUUUCCAAUACAAGCGGCAUCUACCAGGGCACUCCGUGCAAUGGUAUCAACUACACCGCGACCACAGCUUUCGGAAGAGGUCCCAUCGCCGACAUGCGGGAGGAUCCUACCCACUACAAGAACAUGGUCAGACAGAACGGAGGUGCCGCUACUGACGGCUACACAGCCGGAUACAACGACAUGAUUCUUCAGUCAGUCAUGGCCGACGAGAUAAAGCGCGCUUCGGGCCAGAACACACGUCGUUGA